AUGCACAUCAAUGCACGGCGUCCUUGCAGAUCUGCUACAUUUGAGAUGUGUUUGUCUGUUGCCUCAGUUCAUAUAGCCUGGAGGUCCGGUGGUUUUGCGAGAUGCAUGGGAUUCCUGAACGCCAUGAGCUCCUCACGGAGAAAGGUGAGCAUCUUCCGCAGUCGUGGUGGAACGGAACGACAGCACUCUGCGCCGGAGCGUUCCUCAGAAGGGGCAGCCGUGAGAGAAGAACCACUCGAGGGAAAGAGGAAGCGCGAGAAGGAGAAGGAGCCGAGCCCUGGUGAUGCGGAGUUCCAGCGAGCACGGCUUAUGAAUGCUCCAGUGAAGGAACGAAUGGUUUAG